AUAGAAUACUGUUGACUCAAGUUCCCGUCAAGAUCACACGUGUACUUUGGCAGCUGGCUCCGUUAUUAUUUAGUGAUGCCAAAGAAUAAAUUUAAAAAGAAGUCUGGAUUAUCACUUGUUGAUCGGAAGAAAGCCUUAAAGGAAGCUGCACUUGCUUCAAAAGAAAAUGAAGAACAGAAAACAAAGAAAACUCCUUCAAAAUAUUCUGUAUCUCAACUUCUUGACAAGGCAGAAGACUGCAUCAAUGAAUUUCAGUAUGAAGUGGCUCAGAAGUUCUGCCAACGAGCUUUGGAGAUGGAACCAGAUAACGUGCGAACUCUGGAAACAACUGGAAAUCUUUUAAUGGAGUUAGGAGACCCAGAUGGGGCAAAACAAUGUUUUGGCAGAGCCGUGGAAGUUUCACCGGAUAGUGGUUAUGCUAAGUACAUGUGUCUUGGUCAGCUGUUUGAAGGUGUGCAGGCUGUGGAGUGCUACCAGAAGGGGAUACAACUCAUGGUUAAGGAAAAACAGGAGCAGCAGGCACAAGAGAUAUCUGCCGCCUGUCGAGGUGGUGAUCAAGUGACUGAUCUGGAUAUCUCCAAUGCGUAUUGUGCUAUCGGUGAACUCUACAUGACGGACCUAUGUUUUGAAGAAGAUGCAGAAGUGAAAUGUGAAGAAGUGGUUGAGAAAGCUGUUUCUUCUGAUAAAGAAAACCCUGAAGCCUUUCAGUUGAAAGCUAACUUCUUGUUGUCAAAGGAUAAGAAAGAGGAAGCUAAAGAUGCCAUAAAGCAGAGUGUAUCACUAUGGUUACCAAAACUACAAGCAAUGGAUAAAGAAGAUACACUAGAAGAACAGUUUGAUCCAGUUCAGGCUGUCGCAGUCAGUUAUGAAAGUCAAGUUUCCACAGGAAAAAUUCUUAUUGAAGUAGAAGAGUAUGAGCUUGCGGCAGAAGUUCUUGAGUCGCUGCUUGAUCAAAAUGACGAGGAUCCACAAGUCUGGUAUCUGCUGGGCUGGGCAAACUUUCUCCAAGGAGAUGACUACAAGGAAAAUGCCAGAUUCUAUCUCAACAAAGCCAAAAAGGUUUAUCACAAAGUGAAGAUGAAUGACGAAGAACUUCUAAAACACAUAGAUGAGUUGCUGUGCGAACUAGGACCAGGUGAAGGUGAUGAUGAUGAUGAUGAAGAAGAGAAUGUGGGAGAUGAGGAACCUCAAAGCUCUGAUGAAGAAGCAAUGGAACACUGAUUAUUACAUCAAGCCACAAAAUCCAGUGUCUUUAAGUUAGCAAUUCUUUGACCAGUGAAACACUUGCAACCACUGUAGACUAAGCUCGAUAAUCUCUCAUUGCAGAUUAAUUCUUACAAACAUAAUAAAGAGAUUUGAAUUAUUUUCCUGGGCUUAGUAUGCAUGUGCAGAUCUCAAAUUGCUGUAAUGCAGAAACAUUUAAAAUAAGAGUUGACCUUAGAAAAUCUUUAAAUGAAGAGUUUUCCUUUCAUGUUCUGUAAUACUUUAACAAUAGGUCACAAGUCUAAUUACAGCAGAGACAAUGAUGAUCUUUUACCAUACCAAUUUGAUGAUCAGGAAGUUAGAGGUAAAAGCAACAAACAUGAAAAAUGGCUCACACUGACCUAAUUCUAAUACACACUGUCCCGACAUCCCAAGAUGUAUUCCACCCCAAGAUGUUUAAUUAAAUUCUGCUUUGAACAACACAAGCUAGACAAAUUCAUGAACAGAGUAAUUGGCAUCAGCCUUGGUGAUGUGGUGGUAGAUAAUGGGUUCCUGCUCCUACCUAAUGUGAGAUGAUGUAAUGGAGAGAUGUCAUGCCACUACCAGUGUCUGACAAAUGUUUUAGAAAGUCACUAGGUCUUGCAGAAGCUUUGGCUAGUGCCCUACAGUUGAUCAUUUUCACCAGCCCAAUCACUAGCCGGGACAGAGGGUUAAUGGAUUAAGCCUUCCACUACACCAACCGAUCUCUCACCAACCAUUAACCUGUCCUGAACAGAUGACCCCGAUAGCCGAGGUAUGUGCCUAGGAUAAUAUUCUUGAACCUUGCAUACAACUUGAGGAAUAUAAAAAAAAGAGAAGAAAGUGCUGUAUUGAAAAAUAAAAGAUCACAAUAUAGUCAACUUUUCAAAAUCCAGCAAAACUUUCCAAUUUUUUGUUGGUCUUUGUUAAUUUUCAUCUGCAGAUAAAAGCAUGGAAAUGUAACUAAAAUAAAAGUUUAAAAUUG